AUGGCUUUCCCGCUUCUCUUCCUUUGCUACUUCUUCCUCGUGACCAUUCCAUUCUCCUCCUCAGCUUCACACAAAAACCAGCUUUCUCUCGACUACUACAAGAAAACAUGCCCUAAAUUCCAGCAAACCGUCGCAGAACUCGUGUACAGCAAGCAAUCCACCACCCCGUCCACCGCCCCCGGCGUUCUCCGCCUCUUCUUCCACGACUGCAUCACCGACGGCUGUGACGCCUCCAUCCUCAUAAGCUCCAAUGGUUACAUGAAAGCCGAGCGUGACGCCGAUCUCAACCUCUCCCUCUCCGCCGAAGCCUUCGACCUCAUCCUCAAGAUCAAGAACGCCCUCGAGCUCACCUGUCCCGGCGUCGUCUCCUGCGCCGACAUCAUGGCCCAAUCGACCCGCGAUCUGAUCAAGAUGGUCGGAGGGCCGUAUUACACUGUGCCAUUGGGACGAAAAGACAGUCUCUCAUCAAACGCUUCGAAGGUCGAUGCGGCCUUACCAAAGCCAGAUUUCACCAUGGACAAGAUCAUCGAGAAGUUCACGUCGAAGAACUUCACGGUCCGAGAAAUGGUGGCUCUCACCGGCGGCCACACCAUCGGAUUCACCCAUUGCAAGGAGUUCGCUCACAGGAUCUUCGGUUUCAGCAAAACAUCCCAGGUAGAUCCGACGAUGAAUCCGAAACUGGUGGAAGGAUUGAAGAAACUAUGCGCGAACUACACGAAAGACCCAUCAAUGUCGGCGUUCAACGACAUGAGAUCGCCGGGCAAGUUCGAUAACGCGUAUUACCAGAACGUGCUGCAUGGAUUAGGGCUUCUGAGCUCAGAUUCGCUUCUGGGAAGAGAUCCGAGGACGAAGCCGAUUGUUGAACAAUACGCGAAAGAUCAGAAUGCGUUCUUCCAGGAUUUCGCAAAGGCCAUGGAGAAACUGGAGGUGCUUGGAGUGAAGACAGGGAAGGGCGGUGAAGUAAGGCAAAGGUGUGAUCAAUUCAACAACAUGCGAGGUCAUCCCACCGACGAUUACGAUCAUGGAAUGCCAAUGGGUCAUCGUCGUUCGGCAGCGGCUACAGUUGGUCUGUCGUCGUCGAAGUCCUCGGUGGUGAUGCGUCGGCAUCGGCUGGCGCUGGUGGGUCCGGAUAUGAAGGAGGAGUUUGAUGAUGGGAGAUUUUGA